AUGACUUCCGAAGGGCCUUUCCAGGCCGACGACUUCGGAAUCUACUACAUCCUCGCGGAAUGUGCAGAUAACUAUGGCUGCAGGCCAGCCAAGCAGGCCAAGGAGCGCCAGCCCCACGCACAAGGCGUGACGGGCCUGCGGAACUCGGGCAACACGUGCUACAUGAACGCCAUCCUGCAGUGCCUGUGCAGCAUCUCGCCGCUCGCGGAGUACUUCCUCUCCGGAAAGUACAUCACCGCCCUGCAAAAGAGCUGCGGGGAGGUGGCCACGGCGUUUGCCUACCUGAUGACGGACAUGUGGCUCGGAGACGCCGACUCCGUCUCGGCCGACAUCUUCCGGUCGGCUCUGGGGAGCCUCUACCCGGCGUUUCUGAAGAGGACACAGCAGGACGCUCAGGAAUUCUUAAUUUACGUCCUGAAUGAACUUCACGAAGCUCUGAAAAAGGUUCGGAAUCACCACAGAGCACUCGGGAUAGGACCUACUCAACGAUGCUGCAGGAAGGUGGUUUCCAGGGAGUCCUCCGUCAUCACACGGCUUUUUGAAGGGCAGCUCAACUACGGGAUCAUCUGCUUGAAGUGUGAGAACUGCACCCACAAGAACGAAGUCUUCACCGUCCUCUCCCUCCCCAUCCCCACCGAGUACCAGUGCUCUCUGCAGGACUGUCUCCAGUGCUUUUUUCAGCAAGACACACUGACCUGGAACGACCAACUCCAUUGCUCCUUUUGUGAGACCAAGCAGGAAGCAGCCGUGAGGGCCAGUAUCGCCAAGGCACCCAAGAUCAUUGUUUUUCACUUAAAAAGGUUCCAGGUUCAGGGCACAGUGAAGAGGAAGCUGAGGGCAGACGUUCAUUACCCACUCACCAACCUGGACCUCACGCCCUACAUCUGUCCAGUGUUCCGGAAACAGCCGAAAUACAACCUCUGUGCAGUGGUGAACCAUUUUGGUGACCUGGACGGCGGCCACUACACGGCCUUCUGCAAGAACUCUGGUACCCAGAGCUGGUUCAGCUUUGACGACUGUCGAGUCAGUGAGAUCCCCAGCACUGCAGUUCAGACGUCCACAGCCUACCUCCUGUUCUACAGCUGCCAGCCCUUCUCCAGACCCGUACAGAAGCGCAAGCCCUAGGGAGGCGUUUCCUGACGUCUGCAAACAGCAAUCAGAAACUGAGAGCUACGUUUUACCUUGUCAUUAAACUCUUGCAAUGUCA